CCGUUAGCGAAUUCUUUAUACCGAACUCGUUGGGAAUUUGGGAAUUUUGUGUGGAUUAUAGGUCAUGUAUCCCAGUUUUUGGAUAUCGAAAUUCGCGGUUUGAUUUCUGUUUGGUUUUUUCAGGUUUAAGAUUAUCCGACAACAUCAGUCUCCUGUCCGAACUUCGGUCAAGGAUCUGACAACUUUCCUGUGUGGAACUCAUUCGAUCCAGAGAGAUUCCAUCAUCUGUUCGUCAUCUAUGGCGAUUGCAUCUCUCAAUCACUCUGUUUCUUCCUCCUUUGCGAUCCCCAAGUCCCUAAUUCCUCAUCAAUUUCGCGAAACCCUAAUCCUACGAUUACAAUCGCGUCGCUCGCACGAGCCAAUUCGAUGCUCAGCCACUACUUCCAACGGAAGCGAGGGCUUGAGAACCUGCAAGAAUUGCAAAACCCAGUUCGAUCCUCUUCUCAAUCACCCUCGAGCUUGCAGAUUCCACACCGCUCAUUUCGGAGGAGAGACGAAGAGGAAAUUCGAGAGCGUAUACAGCGGAGGCACGAUGGAAACUCCGGAUUCCGGGAAAGUUUUUCAGUAUUGGCACUGUUGUGGAUCCGAAGAUCCCUUUGAUCCCGGCUGUACUGCUUCUCCUCACGCUUCUUACGACGAUUAAAGCAUUCAGCAUUGUGAGUUCAACAGCUCAGAUUAGUGUAGUGAUGGUUCUGAACUAGUCUGGGCCAGAACGAACCGGAUCGAAUCAAAUCGAAUAAUAUUCGAUUCAAAUUUGGUACAAUUUUUGUAGAACCGAAUGAAUUAUUCCGGAAUCGAAUCCGGUAAAUAACGAAUCGAAACCCGAAUUAUCCAUCUUUAUGUACAAAUGUGUGUGUAAGUGUCAAA